UUCCGGCGGGAGGAUCCGGCCCGGCGCGCCCGCGACCGAGGUGUUGGGAUUCGCCCCAUGGGGGCGUGGUCUGCUUUCGGCGCGUGAGCCUUCUGUCCUGCUGCUGUGUGGACUCCGGGCUUUCGGGGAAGAGGAAGCAGGGACACCAGUUAGGAGACACUGCAGCCCCGAGGUUGGUUGACAAGGAGGAGCCAUUGAAGAAGGCCAGGAGUCCAGAAAAGCAGAAGAAACAGCAGGAGAGUGUGGUGUGGCAUCCAAGAGGCUUUACCAGUAGGAGGAAGUGCCUCCGACCUGGGGACACGUGAGCCCUGCGGCCACUCAGUCAUGGAGAGCGUUGGCUCAGGCCACCAGCCCAUUGGAUGAGGCCGCUGCCUGGGGCUCUGUGGAUGAUUCCAAAUCAUGGAGGUGAAGAGGACGCCCCCAGCCAGGAGCCCUUGUUGACAGUCGCGGCCCAGCUCGGCCAGCUCUUCCCGCCGCGGUGUUCCAGAGGGGCGCCUGCCCCCGCCGGCCCGGAGCUUGGGAGCUGCAGUUUCCCCGGAUGGGGCGGUGGGGCCUCGACGUGGCCUUUGUGUGGAAAGCGCUCUUGACUCUGGGGCUGGUCCUCCUCUACUACUGCUUCUCCAUCGGCAUCACCUUCUACAACAAGUGGCUGACGAAGAGCUUCCACUUCCCACUCUUCAUGACGAUGCUGCACUUGGCCGUGAUCUUCCUGUUCUCCGCCCUGUCCAGGGCCCUGGUUCAGUGCUCCAGCCACAGGGCCCGCGUGGUGCUGAGCUGGACAGACUACCUCAGGAGAGUGGCUCCCACAGCACUGGCAACGGCGCUUGACGUGGGCUUGUCCAACUGGAGCUUCCUCUACAUCACCGUCUCGCUGUACACCAUGACCAAGUCUUCCGCUGUCCUCUUCAUCUUGAUCUUCUCCCUGAUCUUCAAGCUGGAGGAGCUGCGUGCGGCCCUGGUCCUGGUGGUCCUCCUCAUCGCCGGGGGCCUAUUCAUGUUCACCUACAAGUCCACGCAAUUCAACGUGGAGGGCUUUUCCUUGGUGCUGGGGGCCUCGUUCAUCGGUGGCAUCCGCUGGACCCUCACCCAGAUGCUCCUGCAGAAGGCGGAACUUGGGCUCCAGAACCCCAUCGACACCAUGUUCCACCUGCAGCCACUCAUGUUUCUGGGGCUCUUCCCUCUCUUUGCCAUAUUUGAAGGUCUCCAUUUGUCCACAUCGGAGAAGAUCUUCCGUUUCCAGGACACUGGGCUGCUCCUGCGGGUUCUGGGGAGCCUCUUCCUUGGAGGGAUCCUCGCCUUUGGUCUGGGCUUCUCUGAGUUCCUCCUGGUCUCCAGAACCUCCAGCCUCACCCUCUCCAUCGCUGGCAUUUUUAAGGAAGUCUGCACUCUGCUGCUGGCAGCCCACCUGCUGGGGGAUCAGAUCAGCCUCCUGAACUGGCUGGGCUUCGCACUCUGCCUCUCGGGCAUCUCCCUGCACGUGGCUCUCAAAGCCCUCCACGCCAGAGGUGAUGGUGGCCCUAAACCCUUGAAGGGGCUGGGCUCCCACCCCGACCUGGAGCUGCUGCUUCGGAGCAGCCGGCCGGAGGAGGAUGACAACGAGGAGGAAGGGGAGUACUUUGUGGCCCAGGGGCAGCAGUGACGAGCCAGGGGACUGGCGGGGAACCAGGCUGCUCCCAGGCCUCGCACCUCACUGCAGCCCCGGGGGACUCUCCCAGGCUGGGCCCUGGGGAGCACGUGACCGCGCGGCGGGGCUCACGCCGGUCGCUGGUGCACCCGAGGGGGGAGCGUCAGGCCAGAGCAGGGCCCAGAUGUGCCCCGCUGGCCAAGGGAGCGGGCUGGUCUCCGCGGCUUGCUGGGCACUGGCAGCCCAGGUGGCGAUUUCCAGGGGCAGCGGGUUUCUAAGGGGCCGGGUUUCGACUGUGGAGCAGUUGGGAAGGGGAGAUGCCAAGGCUGCAGCCUGGCCUCUCCCCUGGGGUCUGGGGCGUGUCUUUUCUCAGUACAGGUCUAUUUAUAGUUUGGAAAUAAAGGAUUUACAGUCCACUGGC